AGCUUCAGCUUCAGCUUCAAUAGCAGUAGCAGUAGCAGCAGCAGCAGCAGCAGCAGGUCAGCAGCUUCAAGCAAGCCCUCUCGACGCGCGAGUGAGAGAAGGCUAGUACCUGGUAGGCUGCGCUGUAGCUGUGCAGUGACAAGCCAGUUGCCAGCACUCGUGACCACCGAAGCCGCAGAGGGAGGGGCAGCUCACUGCCCUGCUUAUCGACUCACCUCAUCACUGGCCUGUCUACCUACUGACUGUCUCUCUCCUACCUACCUCUUACUAGUCACCACCAUCACCGCAUCACCACCACAUCACCACCGCUACUUCUGCCCCCUCCACCACCGCUGCCUUGUCCGCUCGGGCAAGACCACCCUCGGCCACCCACAGUCAACAUGCCGCCGCCCUAUGUGACCAGCAUCUCGCUCACCUCCAACACCACCGACGACCACCGCACCCUCGAGCUCAUUCCAGGCAAGACAUACAUCAUUGGUCGUGCCUCCAAGAACAAGCACGACAUGCGAGCUGGCCCCGACAAUGCCCUUUUCGACUGUGCCGUCGUCUCCCGCGAGCACGCCGAACUACGCUCAAGUCCGUGGCAGCCUCCCGGGCGCCAGGUCACUUUGACCGACAAGAGGAGCCUGCACGGCACAACAGUGAAUGGAAGUCGCCUGAUACCUAACUCACCUUUCGCCCUGAAGACGGGUGACGUGAUCAAGUUUGGCGAGAAAGUUGCACGAGGUGACGAAGCACACGACGGCAUCUCCGUCACGUUUCACCACACUCAGCUUGACCACCCGCACGACAGUAGCUACCGGCAACCCGAAUCACCUUCCGACAUCCGCGGCUUCCACGUUCCCGACGACUCCGAGCAAUCUGACUUUGAAAGCGAAGACGAUCUUUACGUCACUGACACGCAACAGCACUCAUCGGCCUUGACGACACCUGAGCACAGCAAGAUGGGGGCCCAGAAGCAGUCCACCGAUCUUGAGGAUAGCACAGAAUGGCACAAAAGGAUCGCCAGUCGGCUUGAUGAUGGGGCUGAAAUGAACUUAAGCGCAUCAACCCAAGCACCUCAGGGCACUGUUCCAGAAUCACUCACCGCCGAGUCGCUUCUCAUUCCUGAAUCCUUCGAAUCGGACUUUGAUAUUGAUGAGGACAACGAUAGCGAUGUCGAGCACAGCAAUGGUGUGAUCUUGGACGAGCCAGAUGUCGCGUCUGAAGAUGACGAGUUGGAUGCCGAGAUGGAGGACGAAGAAGAAGCGGACUUCGAUGAGGGAGAGAAGGAGUUGGACAAAGCCUCACUCGUGGCACUCAAUGACGGAGAUGAGUAUGCCAGCCACGAUCAAGAAGAGGAUGAUGACGACGAUGACGAUGAUGAUAAUGAUGAUGGAAACUCACUUGAUAAAAGCGCGCAGAAGCCUUUGUGGGGUGACCAAUUCUACAGAAAUGCAGACGCCGCGUGGGACUCUCGUUACGAUCCAGUACGCAGCUCGCAGCCUCCUCACGACGCCGCAACAAAGAGCUCGUCUGCUGCGCCAGCAGCCCCAAAAUCUUCCUACACGUAUCCCUCCCCAUACUCCUACGGACCAUCAAGCUCAAAUCUGGCCACUGACUUGUCCGGUAGUAGUCGCUGGGACAUUCAGCCGAUGUGUGCAUCUACACAACCUGCCAUUGACCUGGACAGCAUCUAUCAGCAAGCUGGGCUGGACAAGCCGUGGCGGUAUCAGACCUGGCGACCAGAGCCAUUUACACAAGACAGCCCCGUAGAAGAGACAUUUGCAGAAGGCAGUCCCGUAGAAUUCCCGAGCCUUCCGUCGACUACGCAGACCUUUGUCGAGUCCGGAAGCACCACUACUGUACCUCCUCGUGUGCCCGAUUCGAGCAGCAAGGGCAAGCUGUCCAUUCCGAACCUACUGCAGCCUUGGGCUCCCUUCCAAGACCAGCGGUAUGAGGGCAGUUUGCUGGCACAGAAUACGGCCGAAGUCCUGACGCAGACCAGCUUGGCAUCCGCCGAGCCAGCGUGCGCCCAGUCGUCGACCAGCACUAUCAAGCGGAAGGCAUCUGAAAUCGAUGAAUUCCAGGCUACUGAACCAGCUGCCAAGAAGAUCGCAACUGUGGAUGCAGCGACGGGCACUCAACGCGCGGUUGGAAUUCCCAGGCACAGUGUUGCUCGCCGCGUCGCUGGUGUGGCUGUCAAGUACACUGCAAGUGCUGCUGUCGGUGCUACUGUCGGUGUAGCUGCAACUGUUGCCUUUCUUACUAGCUCGUAUGCCGAGCAGCUCAUCCAGUACUUGAGCUGAAGAUGAGCGUGACUUUGGCGUCGGGUAUGCGGAUGUCGAAUCCAGAAAGUGAAGCGCUAGGACAGGCCGGAAGACCAAGCAGGACGGCAUUAUGAGCGAGCACUCCAGGGGUCGGGUCAAUGCGUCGAUGCGCAUAGCUCAUCACGAAGAUGGCGUGGGAACGACAGGCGUUACAGUGCGGGGGGUGGUCGUUUACUAGUGGUUAUUGCGGUAUGAUUGGGUCUCAUGGCAUUUGUUUGCUAGAUGGUGAUGGCACCGGGAUGGUGCUCCAUACAGUCCACGAUACACUGAAUACCCC